AAGCAUUCCAACCGGCAGUAUCCCUCGAGCUCAGUCAGACAACUGUUCUCCUCAGAGCGUUAGUCGAGAGUCUUCAAAUCCACCCGUAACCUUACCGCUCAGAGUAGUCAAGACACAUGCAGGCCACAAGUCGACUUUAUUCAGAACCCAAAAGAUAAUCGUCAACAAGAAGACCAUGUCACUUCGGAAGUACUGCACCCUGGGGGCGCUGCUGCUCAAUGUUGCGAAGGGAGCCGGCAGCUGGGGCUACUCUCCAGGCCGAUACGGUCCCGAGAACUGGGGAGUCCUUGAGCCACAGUACUGCGCCGGCCGGGCCCAGUCUCCUAUCGACCUCGUGUACCGAACCACCGUCAAGCGGACCUACCCAGCAUUCACCUUCGCCGGCUACAACACCGUGCCCACUGACGCAAACCUCGAGCUGUUCAACAGCGGCUACGCAUUCGGUGUAAACUUUGAACCGAACAGCGCCUACCGCGUUGGUGGCGGCGGCCUCCCCGGCGACAACUACAGGCUGGCCCAGUUCCAUCUUCACUGGAGCUUCCUGGACAACAUGGGCGCCGGGUCCGAGCACGUCCUCAACGGACAGAUCUACCCUGCUGAGUUGCAUCUUGUCCACUGGAACGCUGACCAACACUCCGAUCUUAUGGAUGCCGUCGGUGGCAAGAACACCAACCAUGGCUCACUCGCCGUACUCGGCUUUUUCAUAGAGCUGGGCAACUCUGACAACCCUGCCUUUGAGCCGAUGCUGAAGUACGUCGCCAAAGUCAGCCAUGGCGGAUCGCCGAAUUUCAAACUCCCGAAUGCUGACCGCUUCACCCUGGAUAAUCUCCUCCCUCCCGACCGUAUCAACUUCUUCCGUUACAACGGCAGUCUCACCACCCCCACCUGCAACGAGGUGGUCACCUGGACCGUCUUCAAGGACACCAUCUCCAUUUCAAGCAAUCAGCUGACCAAGUUUAUCAACAACAUCUACUACAAAGCCGAACCCAACACCCCUGCCAAAAAGAUGCAGAGCAACUUCCGCCCUCCCCAGCCCCUGAACGGACGCACGGUCUACAGGUCCUUCGAUGACGCCGCUCUGAACGUUGCACCUCGACCACCAGGACAAGCUUGUGAGGACUACUUCAGCAGCAGCGAGGCGUCCCGGUACGCGGUGCACGACAACAGGUGUUACUGGUUCUCCCCGACUGACUACCGCAGGAGCAGGAAGUACACGAGAGCUCGGGCGGACUGCGUGGCCCGCAGCGGCGGCCGAGGAGCAACCCUGGCUCUCAUCAAGGAUGUAGACACCCAGGCCUUCGUGGAACAGUACUUGGGGACCAUCGUCAGUGGCCCACGAAGGGACUACUGGAUCGGGCUGGACGACAGAGCGAGAGAGAAACAUUUCGCGUGGAAUGACGGGACGGCUCUGGAGUACCAGAACUGGGCCAGGAGUCGUCGUCGUCGUCACCCGGGUAAGGACUGCGCAGGCGUCAUGUCGUCUGGGAAAUGGAACCUGUACCGUUGUCGACAGAGGAAGGCUUACAUCUGUCAGAUGCCGCGAGUGUGGUGAGCUGUGUGGUUUUCAAUGAUGGACACAACAGCAAAAUUGGUGGGACCGUAUCAGCAUUAAAUAAAUGUUGAAGUAGCAUAUCUAUAACCAGAUACAAUCGUACUGGCGUGGUGUUACCAGUGUAUCUACGUUAAACCGACAGUGAAAAUUACACGAAAAUUUCUCACU